AUGGCCCCAGCACAAAAGAAAAAGACCGGCGGCAAGACCCGUUCAGCUCUCCAGGACGUUGUAACCCGGGAGUACACAAUCCACCUACACAAACGCGUGCACGGCCGCUCAUUCAAGAAGCGCGCCCCGUGGGCAGUCAAGUCUGUCGUCGAAUUCGCACAGAAGGCGAUGGGCACGAAGGACGUACGGGUUGACCCCAAACUCAACCAGGAGCUGUGGUCGAGGGGCAUCAAGUCCGUGCCACACCGGAUGCGCGUGAAGCUUGAGCGCAAACGUAAUGACGAGGAGAACGCUAAGGAGAAGCUUUUCACAUACGCCAGCUUCGUGCCCGUCGAAUCUUUCAAGGGCCUACAAACAACCGUUGUCGAUGCUGAGUAA